CAGUCAUAACAUACUACAUAUCUUUUUUUAAUGCUCCAUCUGAACAACAGAAAUGAGACUGAAGACUUCACUUUUAAAGGAACCAAAACAUAAAGAGUUGGUUAGCUGUGUGGGAUGGACUACAGCUGACGAGCUAUAUUCCUGCAGCGAUGAUCACCAAAUUAUGAAAUGGAACCUUUUAACUAGUGAGACUACUCGAGUAGUGAAACUUCCAGAUGAUAUUUAUCCCAUAGAUCUUCACUGGUUUCCCAGAAGUGUAGGUGGGAAGAAGCAGUCCCAUGCCGAGAGCUUUGUUCUAACAAGUUCUGAUGUUGGUGAAGAUGGCCAAGUGAAAAUCUGGUCUAAAAGUGGAAUGCUGAGAUCUACUUUAGCUCAGCAAGGAACACCAGUGUACUCAGUAGCCUGGGGACCUGAUUCUGAAAAAGUUCUCUAUACUUCAGGGAAGCAUCUGAUUAUUAAACCUCUUCAGCCAAAUGCUAAAGUUUUGCAGUGGAAAGCCCAUGAUGGACUUAUUUUAAAAACUGACUGGAACUCAGUUAAUGAUCUUAUUCUUUCUGCAGGUGAAGAUUGUAAAUAUAAGGUGUGGGACAGUUAUGGACGUCUACUGUACAGCUCACAGCCCCAUGAAUAUCCUAUAACAUCUGUUGCCUGGGCUGUGGAUGGAGAAUUAUUUGCUGUGGGGUCUUUUCAUACUUUGCGUCUCUGUGAUAAAACUGGG